ACAAGAGGUCUGGGACGAGCCAGAAACAAAAUGUCGGAAAAAUUUCCUUCGCAAAUCGAAAAAAGUCCCUGGUCCUCUCUCGAAAUGUGAAAAUUAAAGCUCUUUCCCCCUACAUUUUAGCCUUGAAAAAUGGCCACCAGGCUAGACAGGUUGCUUCUGCUUCUCGACACUGGUUCAACUCCUGUUACGAGAAAAGCUGCGGCCAAACAACUCGGUGAAGUGCAAAAGCUCCAUCCACAUGAGCUGCCUAACCUGCUGAGUAGGGUGCACACCUUUUUAAAGAGUGGCAACUGGGAUACCAGGAUAGCUGCUGGCCAAGCUAUAGAGGCUAUUGCACAGAGUGUACCACAGUGGGAACCACCCGGACUUACAGUGAAAGCUGAGCCACAGGAUGGUAGCUCUUUGUGUGGCUCUGAGCCUGAACAGCUGGAGUUUGGCAAGUUUGACAUCAAGAGAGUGCUUCAACAUGGCGAGCCAUUGGUUGGCUCAUCUGGGGCCGAGUAUGACAUGCCAGAUGAUGAGCUAGCUGGUCUUGAUCCAAAGGAGAAGUUGGCUCUGCAGCAAAGGAUGGUCCGUAAGAGACUUGGACUGGACAUUAUUCCUGGGCUUGAUGUUGGGAUGGAUAAGCUUUUUGAUGAUGAGGAUCUGCUGAUGAGUGUUGAAGACACCAGACGCAAACCGGCAAAGAAACAGAACUCAUUUGAGAGUGCAGCAGAUGUUGUUGCUGCUGAGAUUGCAGCCAUUAGUUCGUCUAAGAUGAGCGCAAGGGAGAAGAACCGGGCCAAGCGCAAAGCCAAACUGCUUGCUAAACAGAGAUCAAAGGAGGCAGGUGACUCAGUCAGCAAUGAAGAUGAGGAUGGCCCUAAUGUCAAGAAAAGAAAGACAGCAAGUGUUGUAGUGGAACAACCUGCCCAUGCUGAUAAAAUUGUGGUCGAUAAUGUCACUGACGUGGCUGCUACCUUUGAAGAGUCAGGAGAGUGGCCCUUUGAGCAUUUUUGCCAAGAACUUAGCCAAGAACUUUUUCACCAUUCUUGGGAGGUACGACAUGGAGCUGCCACUGGAUUGCGAGAGAUUGUCAAGGUUCAUGGUCAGGGUGCUGGUAAAACAGUGGACACUUUUUUAGAAGAAAUGCACAUGCAGAACAUGAAGUGGAUGGAGAACAUGGCCGUCUACCUGCUGUGUGUGCUUGCUCUCGACCGAUUUGGAGACUUUGUCUCCGAUGAGGUGGUUGCACCAGUUCGUGAGACAUGUGCCCAGACCCUGGGCGUGGUCGUGCGGCACAUGAAUGUGUCUGACUGUAGGAGUGUCAUGUUGACUCUUCUCACCCUUCAGGAGCAGACAGAGUGGGAGGUCCGACAUGGCGGGCUACUAGGCAUCAAGUACUUACUGGCUGUCAGACAGGACCUCUCAGCUGAUCUUCUACCUCUCGUGCUAAAUCCAAUCAUCUCAGCACUGCAAGAUGAUGAUGAUGAUGUCAGAGCAAUUGCAGCAUCUGCAUUGCUUCCUAUUGCAGAGUCCAUAGUUCAACUUGCACCAAAUAAGGUCCAGGAACUUUUGAUGACCUUGUGGAACACUCUGGUUGAGCUGGAUGACCUGACUGCCUCGACCAAUAGCAUCAUGCUCUUGUUGGCUGGCAUCCUGGCCUGUCCGUCUGUCAGUAUGACCAUGCUUGGUUCGGCAGGCUCUCUUUCCGACCUUGUGCCAAGGUUAUGGCCCUUCCUUAGGCAUACCAUAAGGUCUGUUCGACUAGCUGCUCUGCGCACUCUAAGGAUCUUACUCCAAGGGACAGCAAAUGUUGAGGCGUCUAGUGGUACUGCAGAAUGCGUGUGGCUGACACCAAUCCUGCAAGAUGCAGUGCGACACAUCUACCAGCGAUUUAUUCUUGAGUCAGAUGCUUCAGUCAUUCAGUAUGUAUAUGAGGUGUGGUGUGACCUUCUCAGCAAAAGCUCCAAGCAGUGUUUGUCCAGCAGCAUCCUACCCUACCUGAAUAGCUGGUUAGGAAUGAUGAUGCAGCCACCGUGUAUCCCCAUUGAUACCUCGCUACUGAUACAGGCUCAGCACAGGCCACGUGCACGGAAUGAUAAGAUGUCUGGGAUCAGAAGUCAAAAGCCACCAGAACCCAUUCCUGAGGUGAUUGCAGGCGCUACCAUUACCAUGAGUCCAGGCGAGCGGGAGACAGUAGUGAUCAGAGCUAGGCUGGCAGCUGCCAGGGGCCUUGGAUUGAUGACUUCAUAUAUCACACGUUAUCCUGGAGACCUUGUCCCCACCCCUGUAGAUUAUCUGAUGCAAACCUUGAUGUACCCUCUGACCUCAACAUCCGGGAUACAGAAGAUGUGUGCUUCUAUGUUACUUACAGAAUGGGCUCUGUGUGAUAAGGUGUGCCAAUGCCCAGAUUCAGUCAUCAAGCAACUUGGAACAAUCUUAUCUGAGCCUGUGGUUUAUGAUGAGGUCGCUGUGCUCAACACACGACUACAGACCGACUGCCAGAGCUUGCUAAUAUCGCUGAGAGAGAAGGGAAUUGAUGCUUCUGCAGGCAUUCAGCCAGGGGGUUACACUGUCGAUACUGCCACCCAGUUGUCCACAAUCAUAUUCACAGAGGCAACAAAACGACUCUCGCAGACUGAUGUUAAGAAUAUCGAGGCAAAGAGACGUCACUUGAUGACUACAAUUGGACAGAUGCAGUAUGAAUACCAAAAGCUACAUACAAGGGUUUUGUGUAGUGCCGCUGGCACUCUGAUCUCCUUAAAAAAGUUGCCAGCCAAACUGAACCCGGUUAUCCGGCCAAUAAUGGACUCAGUAAAGAGAGAAGAAGAAACUCUCAUACAGGAAAGGUCAGCUCAGAGCCUGGCAAGUCUUCUCGAACAGAGCAUCCCACGUGAACCCUGUCCCAACCCCAAGAUUAUAAAGAACCUCUGCUCCUUCGCAUGUAGUGACCCCACUGUCACACCUACUAUCAACCUGAACAUAAGCGUGGUGACGGAUGAUGCACCACCCUCUCCUGCUGUGACUGGACCCGCACCUUCUUUCAACCUAUCAGACAGAGAUAAUGUGGUCCAGUGUGACCAGUACAAUGGAAUACUUACACUUGUACAACAACACAAGAGUGCCGCUGCAGCGAUUACUAAGAAAGGCGGCCGACCUCCUAAAGCGCCACAUGCAGUCGACUCUCUGAGUACAGUAGAUGGCGUGCUGGAAGCCCCAGAGACCGGCAGGGUACUGGCGGUACAAAGGCGUGGGGCAGAUUUUGCUCUAAUCCGAUUGGCCAAGCAUUUUGGCGCUGCUCUUCCUUCAAGCGUACCUAAGCUCUGGGAACACAUGAUUACGCCAUUAGAAACCAUGUCAAACACAACAGACAAAGAUCUUGAGAGUUUCAGAGGGGCGGAUGCUAGUGCCCAGACCCUAGUGAAUGCGCUUCAAGUACUUGAGGUUCUAGCCCCAGUCAUACCCGACAAACUACAGGAGAUGGCGGUGUCGCGGCUACCAAUGCUAAUCCAGUCUCUCCAGCACCCAUACUGUGCCGUGCGCCACAUGGCAGCACGAUGCCUAGGCGUCCUCAGCACUGUGGCCACCCACCCCUCCCUGCUUGCUAUAGUUGAAAGGGUCAUCCCCCUGCUUGGCAGUGGAGAUAGCGCGGUGAAGAGACAGGGAGCCAUUGAGGCCAUAUCGCACGUUAUUGAACGCAUGCAACUGGGCAUUGUCCCUUAUGUGGUGCUACUUGUGGUGCCCAUAUUAGGAAGAAUGAGCGACCAGACAGAGGACGUGCGUCUCCUAGCAACUAACUGCUUUGCCACACUGAUCAGCCUGAUGCCUUUGGAGAAGGGGGUACCUGACCCACCUGACAUGCCGGCGUCCCUCGUGGAACAAAAACAGAUUGAGCGCACCUUCCUGGAGCAGUUACUAGAUAGCAAGAAGCUACAGAACUACACCAUUUCUAUACCCAUCAAGGCGGAGCUACGCAAAUACCAACAGGAUGGUGUUAACUGGCUGGCAUUUCUUAGCAAGUACAAGCUUCACGGCAUUCUGUGCGAUGACAUGGGACUUGGUAAAACGCUGCAGUCUAUCUGUAUUAUGGCAAGCGAUCACCACUAUAAACUGCAAAAGUACAAGGAGACUGGGCACGCUGACUGUAAGCCUCUCCCCUCCCUGGUGAUCUGUCCGCCGACCCUGACGGGCCACUGGGUAUACGAGGUGGAGAAGUUCGUCAUCAAGGAGUACCUCAAACCUCUACACUACACAGGGCCUCCCAUGGAGAGACAGAGAUUAAGGAACAAAGUGAAGAAUCAUAAUUUGAUUGUGGCAUCGUACGAUAUCGUCAGAAAUGACGGCGACUUCUUCAAGUCGAUACAUUGGAAUUACUGCAUCCUAGACGAAGGUCAUAUUAUCAAGAAUGGCAAAACAAAGCUGGCGCGUGUAAUCAAGCAGCUUCGAGCAAACCACCGACUGAUACUUAGUGGCACGCCCAUUCAGAACAACGUGCUUGAGUUGUGGUCACUGUUCGACUUCCUAAUGCCUGGAUUCCUGGGUACGGAGAAGCAGUUCCAAGCGAGGUAUGGCAAGCCAAUCCUUCAGAGCAGAGACGCCAAGUCCUCUUCCAAGGAACAAGAAGCGGGCGCUCUAGCGAUGGAGUCCCUUCAUCGUCAAGUACUGCCAUUCCUGCUGAGACGUCUGAAGGAAGAUGUGCUUCAAGACCUCCCGCCCAAGAUCAUACAAGACUAUUACUGCGAGCUAAGCCCACUACAGGUCCAACUCUACGAAGAUUUCGCCAAAUCGCAAGCCAAGAAAGGACUUGAGGAAUCUUUCUCUCUGUCUGAAGAUGCCGAUGACAAAGAAAUGGCUUCCAAAAAAGGAUCUGCCCAUAUAUUUCAGGCGCUGCAGUACCUUCGCAAAGUGUGUAACCAUCCAUUACUUGUCCUAACGCCCCAACAUCCCGAGCACGACAAGAUUAUGCAGCAGCUGAAGGAAACCAGGCAAUCACUAAAAGACAUUCAUCACGCCGCCAAACUUGUAGCCCUCAAGCAGCUGUUGCUAGAUUGCGGUAUCGGGGUGAGCACGUCGUCUACCAGUGACCUGGCGUCAGAGCCUGUUGUUUCUCAGCACCGUGUUUUGCUCUUCUGUCAGCUAAAGAGUAUGCUUGACAUCGUAGAAAAUGACCUAUUCAAAACCAAUAUGCCUAGUGUGACGUAUCUACGAUUGGAUGGAAGCACGCCAGCGGGCUCACGCCACUCCAUCGUUCACAGGUUUAAUAACGACCCGUCUAUUGACGUUCUUCUCCUCACCACUCACGUUGGAGGACUGGGGUUGAAUCUGACUGGGGCGGACACCGUGAUAUUCGUGGAGCACGACUGGAACCCAAUGAAAGAUCUGCAGGCCAUGGACCGCGCCCAUAGGAUCGGCCAGAAGAAGGUCGUUAACGUGUAUCGGCUCGUUACCAAGGGAACGCUCGAGGAGAAAAUCAUGGGGUUGCAGAAGUUUAAGCUGACUAUCGCAAACACGGUGAUCUCUCAGGAUAACUCAAGCCUGAGUACCAUGGACACGGGUCAGCUAUUUGACUUGUUCACCGUGGACAAGGAGGGGAAGAGGGAAGAACAGCACGAAGCACAGGACAACAACAAGAGAAAGAUGUCCGUCAAAAAUGCCAUUGAAGGCAUGGGCGAGCUUUGGGACGAGGAACAAUACGAAACCGAGUACAACUUGGAUAACUUCAUCGAGUCGCUGAACUAAAGAAUGCCUUUGAAACACAGUGAUAGUAUUGAGUACAACUUCGAUAACUUUAUCGAGUCGCUAAACUAAAGAAUGCCUUUGAAACACAGUGAUAGUAUUGAGUACAACUUCGAUAACUUCAUCGAGUCGCUAAACUAAAGAAUGCCUUUGAAACACAGUGAUAGUAUUGAGUACAACUUCGAUAACUUCAUCGAGUCGCUAAACUAAAGAAUGCCUUUGAAACACAGUGAUAGUAUUGAGUACAACUUCGAUAACUUCAUCGAGUCGCUGAACUAAAGAAUGCCUUUGAAACACAGUGAUAGUAUUGAGUACAACUUGGAUAACUUCAUCGAGUCGCUGAACUAAAGAAUGUUUUUGAAACACAGUGAUAGUAUUGAGUACAACUUCGAUAACUUCAUCGAGUCGCUAAACUAAAGAAUGCCUUUGAAACACAGUGAUAGUAUUGAGCACAACUUCGAUAACUUCAUCGAGUCGCUGAACUGAAGAAUGCCUUUGAAACACAUUGAUAGUAUUGAAUACCACUUGGAUAACUUCAUCCAGUCACUGAACUGAAGAGUGCCUGCGAAACGCAGUGAUACUACAGAAUGCAACUUGGAUAACUUCAUCGAGUCACUGAACUGAAGAAUGCCUGCGAAACGCAGUGAUACUACAGAAUGCAACUUGGAAAACUUAAUCGAGUCGCUGGAUUGAAGUAUUUCUGUCAAACAGCUAUACUAAAACAAAAAGAGAGCUGAAUACAAAGGUGUCCUCUGGAAAUGGUUUUUACACCGAAGAAAAGCCAAAGCGGCGUUUAGUUAAAAAAAAAUAGUACUGUUUGCACGGUGCUUACAAAUAUUGAAAAAGGUAGUAUAUAUUUAUAUGUUGUUUGGAUAUUAAAUAUGAGAACUACAAUGUA